AUGGAUAUUAUGUACAACAUUAGUUUGGAAAGACAAAAGUUCUACGCGACACACGACUUCAACAAGUUCUCUGAUUCUAGAGACGUGGAGGUUGUGUAUACAUGGAACAUGGACUUCAACCGCAGCAUACUAGGCGCUGCCACCAUCCUGGUCCCGAAGACCACGGCCACUCCAUCUUCCACCACCAUGCCGACUUGGGCACAUAACUCCUGGGUGUGUCUCUUCACCGCCAUGCUGGCAGUGGCUAUUGGAGGCAACGUUAUUGUUAUAUGGAUUGUGACAGCUCAUCGUCGGAUGCGGACGGUCACCAACUACUUCCUCGUGAAUCUCUCCUUUGCUGAUCUGAUGAUGGCAUCUCUGAACUGUCUCUUCAACUUCAUCUACAUGUUACACAGUGAUUGGGUGUUUGGUGUACGGUAUUGUCAACUGAGCAAUUUUAUUGCGAACGUGACGGUAGCAGCCAGCGUGUUUACUCUCACCGGGAUAUCGUUUGACAGAUAUCAAGCCAUCGUACGACCGAUGCGGCCAAGGAUGUCGAAGACGUGCUCCCUCGUCAUGAUCGCCUGCAUUUGGAUCAGUGGCAUGCUGCUGGCUAUACCCUGCCUAUUGUACUCAACCACGAAAGAAUAUAGGUCAAAGGGUACCCUCAAAACUGCAUGCCUCCUGUCCUGGCCUGACGGAUUACCUGAUGUGUCAUAUAUGGAUUUUGUGUACCAAGUAUUGUUCUUCGUAGUGACGUAUGCUAUUCCAAUGCUGGGGAUGACAUUCUUCUACUCAGCCAUGGGAAAGGUUCUAUGGGGUUCAGGGUCUAUCGGUGAACUGACGCAGCGGCAGGUUGACUCGAUACGAUCGAAACGAAAGGUUGUGAAAAUGUUCAUCUUAGUGAUAGUGAUCUUCGGUAUAUGCUGGCUGCCAUACCACUGCUACUUCAUCUACACACACUUCAACCCUUCGAUUCUCUACAUGAAGUAUGUGCAACACAUGUACCUUGGAUUCUACUGGCUCGCCAUGGCCAACGCGAUGGUCAAUCCCAUCAUUUACUACUGGAUGAAUGCCAAGUUCAGGACAUACUUCCGUACAGCGAUCCUGUGCCGUUGGCGCGACAUCCUGCGACGCCGCAAGCGGCCCCUACCCGAGUCCCCACCGGACUGUAUAUCACAGUCCGGGAGUCGAUCCCGAUCAGGUUUUUACUCGUUAACUAUACGUCUCUACAGGUAUCGAGGAACUCAGAAACUCAAGAGGCAGUGCAGUAAGCGAAUGGCAGCGCUCGUCGUAUCGGAUGUACAACGACCUCCCGUUGCAGAGACCGCAUUUGCUUGCUAG